AUGACAAUAAUAACAAUAGUAAUAAUAAUAAUAAUAAUAAUAAUUAUUAUUAUUAUCAUUAAUAGUAGUAGUAGUAGUAGUAGUAGUAGUAGUAGUAGUAGUAGUAGUAGUAGUAGUAGUAGUAGUAGUAGUAGUAGUAGUAGUAGUAGUAGUAGUAGUAGUAGUAGUAGUAGUAGUAGUAGUAGUAGUAGUAGUAGUAGUAGUAGUAGUAGUAGUAGUAGUAGUAGUAGUAGUAGUAGUAGUAGUAGUAGUAGUAGUAGUAGUAGUAGUAGUAGUAGUAGUAGUAGUAGUAGUAGUAGUAGUAGUAGUAGUAGUAGUAGUAGUAGUAGUAGUAGUAGUAGUAGUAGUAGUAGUAGUAGUAGUAGUAGUAGUAGUAGUAGUAGUAGUAGUAGUAGUAGUAGUAGUAGUAGUAGUAGUAGUAGUAGUAGUAGUAGUAGUAGUAGUAGUAGUAGUAGUAGUAGUAGUAGUAGUAGUAGUAGUAGUAGUAGUAGUAGUAGUAGUAGUAGUAGUAGUAGUAGUAGUAGUAGUAGUAGUAGUAGUAGUAGUAGUAGUAGUAGUAGUAGUAGUAGUAGUAGUAGUAGUAGUAGUAGUAGUAGUAGUAGUAGUAGUAGUAGUAGUAGUAGUAGUAGUAGUAGUAGUAGUAGUAGUAGUAGUAGUAGUAGUAGUAGUAGUAGUAGUAGUAGUAGUAGUAGUAGUAGUAGUAGUAGUAGUAGUAGUAGUAGUAGUAGUAGUAGUAGUAGUAGUAGUAGUAGUAGUAGUAGUAGUAGUAGUAGUAGUAGUAGUAGUAGUAGUAGUAGUAGUAGUAGUAGUAGUAGUAGUAGUAGUAGUAGUAGUAGUAGUAGUAGUAGUAGUAGUAGUAGUAGUAGUAGUAGUAGUAGUAGUAGUAGUAGUAGUAGUAGUAGUAGUAGUAGUAGUAGUAGUAGUAGUAGUAGUAGUAGUAGUAGUAGUAGUAGUAGUAGUAGUAGUAGUAGUAGUAGUAGUAGUAGUAGUAGUAGUAGUAGUAGUAGUAGUAGUAGUAGUAGUAGUAGUAGUAGUAGUAGUAGUAGUAGUAGUAGUAGUAGUAGUAGUAGUAGUAGUAGUAGUAGUAGUAUAGCCAUAUCAUCUAGUUUUCAGAGGGAUUUAUGA